AACCACCCGCAUGGCGGCCGUGAGAGAGAAAUUCUCAAAAUUAGAAGUUGACCGAUUGUUGUCAGACAGGUUUUGGGGGUAGAACAGGGCGUGAGGAUGUUUGUUAAAGCACUCGACGGGCAUGUCAGUGUAAAUAAGAAGGGGUCCGAGCUUUCUCUUCUUCGCCACGAGAUUCCAAUUCCAUUCUUGGCGGAGGAGGGUUAUGAGUUAUGACCGAUGCGAGAGUAGUCAUUAUUGGUCGAGGAAGCGGGAGGCAGAGCAGGGAAAGAAAGCGUGUGAAUUAAACAGAGCAAGCUGGAGAUCUGUCGUACCCAUAGAAGAAGAAGAAGAAGAAGAAAGCAGACGUGUGUGUGUCUCUCUGUCACUGUGCAAAUAAUGCAUUUCUGGGUUUUCUUGUUGUUGUUUCUCUGGCUAGUGGGUUGAUGUCCUUUUUUGGGCUGGACAUGUCUUGUCUGAGAAUGGAAGCAGAAGCAGCUGCGAUUUCCAGAAUCUUGGGUUCCACAGCCCCACACAAAGUUCUUUUUCACCUUCAUCUUUUUGUCUCCACCUAUCUCUAGAUUCUCUCUCUCUUUCUCUCUCUCUCACCAUUCCCGGGUUCCUGUUUUCUCAGCAGAUCCAAAGACAUUUUUCAGUCCUCUCCUAAACCCGCAAUUCCCGCACCAAGACCAGGAAGCCUCGACUGAAAAGCUUUUGACUUUUGCUGCACAGUGAGAGUUUUCUCCAUCCACAUUGCCCACCCACGAAAUGACAUCCAACCACUUCCUCACCCUCAUUCUCGCGCUGACCGCCGCCGCUCUCCUCGUCAUCCUCUCGCUCUCCGUCUACAUUUGUCACAGAGCAUCGUCCAGGCGCAGAACCGCCGCCGACGUCGAGGCCCCGGAUCGCAAACUCGAAGGCGAGGGGGGUCGCGAGCCGCCGUGCCCGUCGGAAGACCUGGUCGCGUUCCAAGGAGGCGAGGACCUGACGAUAUGCGACAUCUUGGAAGCGCCCGGCGAGGUGAUCGGGAAGUCGGGCUACGGCACGCUGUACAAGGCGAUGCUGCAGAGGAGCGGCUCGGUGAAGCUGCUGAGGUUCCUGAGGCCGGUCUGUGCCGCGAGGAAGGAUGAGUUCGGCGCCGCGGUUCGGUGUUUGGGGAGGGUGAGGAGCCCUAAUUUGGUGCCCCUCUUGGGGUUUUACGGAGGUCCCAGAGGCGAGAAGCUGCUCGUUCAUCCUUUCUACGGGCGCGGGAACUUAGCAGAUUUCAUUCGAGAUACGAAUGGUGGGUGUCGCAAUUGGGCAGUCAUAUAUGGAAUUUCUGUUGGCUUAGCCAAAGGACUGGAUCAUCUUCACACAGGUUUGCAAAGACCCAUGAUCCAUGGAAAUCUGAAGUCCAAGAACAUACUUUUAGAUCGAAACAACCGACCAUACAUCUCCGAUUAUGGCCUGCAUAUACUCCUUAUUCCAGAAACUGGUCAACAAAUGCUCGAAAUUGCAGCAGCAGAGGGAUACAAAGCUCCUGAGCUGAUCAAAAUGAGAGAUGUUAGCGAAGAAACUGAUAUAUACAGUCUUGGGGUCAUUUUUCUUGAACUCAUUACAGGGAAAAACCCGAUGAAUGAGAAAGCAUCCCCUGAUGAAGAAUCACAUCUGCCAAAUUAUGUUAGAAGGGCGAUCCUUGAUCGUAGGAUCUCAGAACUAUACCAUCCAGACAUCCUCCUUGCGGACAGCUGUGGUGAAAUAAGUGCAGUUGCAGAGGAACACAUUCUGAAUUUUUUUCAACUGGCUAUGGCAUGUUGCUCUCCAUCUCCUUCUUUAAGGCCAAAUACAAGGCAAGUCCUGAGGAAGCUUGAAGAAAUCGGGACGUAAGGAAGUGAUUGUUUGAAAGAAGCCAAUCGCACUAAUCACAAAAUGUUGACGUGACAUCCGAUUUGGAGCUGGAUUCAAUGCUGUUGAGAUUUCUUUUUCCUGAAUCGAGCAUGCGGAUGAUUCCCCUUUGAGUAGCCGUGAUGAGUUAGAAGACAUUGACAUUUGAACAGUUUUUAAAUGGGUAUCACCAUGACGCUAGGGUACUGAUGAACAUUUCAGAAAUUCGAAAAGUGGCAAUUAAGGCGCACCCGAAUUCAUUUUGGCCAGGAAAUUCGGCGAACAUAGAUUGUUGAUAUCACCGUUCCUCGUUCUGACGUUGCGGGUGAUGAACACGGUCUGAUGUUGUGGGUGGAUGUUCAUCGCUGGAUCUUUCAGAGGUUCAUUUUGAGCUAUAACAUUAUAGUCUGUGAAAGAGUUCUGGGUUGAUGACUAUUCAGUUAAUUCUGUCGUGCUCUCGCGGUGGAAGAGUUGCCGUAGGUUAUACCAUACUCCAAUGUUGUAAUGACAGAUACAGGAUAUUCAGUAUCUAAUCCAUUUUAUUUUCACUAA